GGUGGUCCACUAUUCCUUUUUCUCUUUUUUAUCUCUCUAUCUUAUUUCCCCUUUUCUAUUUACGUUUCGUGUCCCACUUUCCACCCACUAUAUCGUUUAUUUCCCCCUGUGUAUCUCUUUAUGAUGUUUGACACCCUUCGGGAUUUUGGUGUGUGUGAUGACUCCCUUAAAAAGAAGAACGAAGUACCGUCAAAAAUUCUAUCCAACUAUAUCUGGACUUUUAUUUUUGGGUCGACCAGAGGAUGAAAAAAAGGAAGGAAGGAAGAGAAGAAGCAGGACCGGGGGAGUUUCCUUAAAAGUGAGAGCAAGUCCUUUGCACACCUCUGUCUUAUUGGGGUUGUGUUUUCUCGUCCGAAUAAGACGCCGUCGCUUGGUUACGUGUGAUCGAGCUAUGCUGUUACGAAUGAUCUAUAGAGAUGAUGGAAUUCAAUUAUCAUUAACUCACUCAACGAGACGGGCUGCAUUAUGGGUUGAGGUAGAUAAUAUAGAGCCGUGGUCCUCAAACCCUAUCCCCAGGGAAAUUCAUCAUCCACUUCCCACUCUUCCCCUCGGAACCCCAAACAAUUACCACUCCCAUAUAGUAGUAACAAAAGGUAUCUGUAGAACUGAACCAACAACUAGUAGCAGAAAACCAAACCACAAAUAUCCCCGCUACCCAAAAGACCCAAGAAAGAACCAGCAUUAAACCAAUAAUCGAAAAAUGACAACCCAUCCCUUUCUCCCCCCUCAUUUCUCUCUCAUGUUCCAACCCACUUCAUCGACUCCGUCUCGGUUCAUAAUCCAUCAUCUGCGCCGAUGAUGAUGAUGAUGAUGAUGAUGACAGCGGUGGUGGUGGUGCCCUACUUCUCCUCCCCGAACUCCUGACGGGUACAAUCUCAUUGAUAUAGGGUUCGUGUCUGCCGAAAGUGGCGGUGGCGGUGGGGCUGGCUGAGUCACCUGCCAUUCGGAGGGAUUCUUGACGUUCGUAUUCUCGGGACAUGGUUGCUAGGUCGUCGAUUUGUUCCUAUUGAUUUCAUAU